CACAAACAGCAAAGAAGGUUUCAAAUUGUCAGCUAAUUUAUUAUUGAUGUAAAGUUUAAGUUGUUAAAAAAGUUAAGUUAAAAAGUUUUUAUUAUAAUUGAAAAUGCCUCCCAAGACGAAGAAAAGUCAGUCAUUAUGGCAUAAAUGUGAAAAUUGCUCAUGUAUAUUGAAUUAUAAAGAUGUUGACAUCCACAUUGAUUAUUGUCAACAAUCCACCUCAGAAAGGCCUUAUGGUUUUAUUGACAAUUUUGUCCUGUACAGCUUUAUUGAUGAUUUUAGUUAUAAAGAAAUACUACCUCCAAGUUGUACCAAUUAUGCCAAGGAUCUUGUUUUUUUAUCCCAAUCUGCUAUGCAGCUUUGUGGAUUCUCAAUAGGAUAUCCUGUUCUUGUUGAAACCUCUCACUAUACUACAGUUUUAAAAGCCUGGCCUACACUUGAAGGAAGUUUGACAAGUGUCGGAUUAUUUUUUGAAGAAAUAGAAAUAAGAUCAGGUUUGAAACUGGAUUCUAAUCGAGUAAAAGUUUCAAAGUUACCUAUGAAGCCAUAUACUGCUAGCGAAGUAUAUUUUAAUAUUAUACCAACCGAUGAUGAUGAUAUUCCUAAUUUUGAAUCUGAAAUUCCACAUUUAUCUUAUAGAUUCAAGGAUAAAUUAUUACAUAGUAAUAUGUUUUUAAUAAUACCAUUUUAUGGGAAGAAGGUAAAAAUAAAAAUUAAUAAAUUCAAUCGCAUAGAAGAAGAUAUCGCCAACAAUUUUCAACAAAUGAAUUUAAAUAUUGUUUUUUAUACUAUAACAGAAAACAGCAUUUGGAUUAAUGAAGAAAUAAACAAAGAAAUAAAAACUAAAGAGUUGAGUCCUUUGAAAAUUGGAGGGUAUGAAUCUAUGAUUAGUGAAUUGACCCAGAAUAUUUUUUAUACCCUAAGUCAGAAGUUUAAUUACAAAGAGCAACGGUGUUCUCCUUACUGUAUUUUGCUCUAUGGUCCCAGUGGUUCAGGAAAGUCGUAUAUUGCUCAAUAUCUUACUAAUAUUUCUCAGAAACCUUCAAUUAAUAUUCAGGGUUCAGAAUUGUUCAGUAAAUUUUAUGGAGAAACUGAAAACCGUUUAAGAAUUGUUUUUCAAGAGAUUAAAUCUAAAGUACCCUGUGUUGUUGUAAUGGACAACAUAGAAACUCUUGGUUCUAAAAAAGGUAACGAUCAGGAGAGAAGAGUUUUAUCCACCCUUUUAAGCUUAUUUGAUUCUAUACGCUUCCUUCCCGUUGUAAUAAUUGCAACAACUGUUGAUCCAGAUGUAUUAGAUCCUGCUCUUAGGAGACCUGGGAGAUUAGAGACUGAACUUGAAAUCAAUAUUCCUGACAAAAUGGAUCGUUUUAAAAUCCUGAAAAGUUUGAUUCCUGAAACUGUUCUUCAAUCUGAAUUAGAGGAGGUUGCUGAACAUUGCCAUGGAUAUGUUGCAGCUGAUUUAGUUUCAUUAGUAGAUAAGGCAUUAUCAAAAACUUUGAUGACUACUUCAGAAAGGAAUAUUUCUGCAGAAGACCUUCUAUGGGCUUUCACUCAAGUGAGACCAUCAGCAAUGCGGGAACUUCAAGUCCAUGUUCCUACUGUGAAGUGGAAUGAUAUCGGAGGAGGGCAAGAAGUUAGGUUGAAGUUAGAACAAGCUGUGGAAUGGCCACUGAAACACGGUGAAAGCCUGAAAAGGCUUGGUAUAAAAGCUCCCAAAGGAGUUCUUCUCUAUGGACCACCUGGCUGCUCUAAGACUUUAGUUGCUAAAGCUUUAGCUACUGAAACUAAUCUUAAUUUCAUUUCAAUAAAGGGAUCAGAUAUUUUUUCAAAAUGGGUAGGUGAAUCAGAGAAAGCGUUACGUGAUUUGUUCCGUAGUGCUAGAAAGGUGGCUCCAGCAAUUAUAUUUUUGGAUGAAAUUGAUGCAUUGGGAGCUAAUCGAGGAAGCUCUACAAGCAAUACUGUCCAUGAAAGAGUCUUGUCUCAGCUUCUCACUGAGAUGGAUGGAGUUAAUCCUCUUGAUGGUGUUGUAAUUGUUGCUGCCACAAAUCGGCCUGACUGUAUUGAUAAGGCUCUUAUGCGCCCUGGAAGACUAGAUAGAUUGAUAUAUGUCCCUCUUCCUGAUUAUGAAACCCGUUGGCAGAUACUGAAAAUUCAGUUUGAAAAAAUUCCUACUAAAGAUGUUUCGAUUGAGGAAAUUGCAAAAAAAACUGAUGGGUAUUCUGGAGCUGAGGUUGUUGCAGUUUGCACUGAGGCCGCUCUAGCUGCUUUGCAAGAAGAAAUGAAUGCUGAAUACGUGCAGAUGUCUCAUUUUGAAUCAGCUUUAGCAAGUGUUACUGCCAGAACACCACAGUCACUAUUAAAUUUGUACGAAGAUUACAGGAAAAAACUUAUCACUUGUAAAUAAAAUUUGGUUGUUUGUAAAUAAAUUCUUUAAAUUAUGUAA